AUGUUUGUCAUGAACUAUACUCAACCUAAUAUAGCUUAUGCUGUUAGUAGAUUGAGUAGAUAUACUCAUAAUCCCAGUAGUGAAUAUUGGAAUGCUCUUCAUCGUUUGUUAAGGUAUUUGAGAGGUUUUUGUGAUGCAAACUGGGUAACUGACAGUGAUGAAGUUAGCUCCACUAGUGGCUAUGUGUUUACUUUGGGUGCAGUGUUUAUUUUGGGUGCAGGUGCUAUUUCAUGGAAGUCUUCCAAACAGACUUGUAUAGCACGUUCUACCAUGAAAUCUAAGUUUAUUGCUCUUGAGUUGGCAGGGCAAGAAGCUGAGUAG